AUGUUCUGCUUGAAGCAUGCCCACGUGACAAGCGCCCUCCCUCGUCGAACCGUGAACGCCGCAACGCGUAGAAAGUCAGAUCAGUGCAAGACUCCAUUCCCUGCCCUCGUAGAUCGACAUUUCGGAUUGGUUCCAUAUAAAGCUCGAGAGCGUUGGCAGCGAUCACCCACUCCAGUGGAGUCUUGGAGCGAUGCCGAGGGAGCUAACUCAGACGGCGAGUGGGAAAUACAAAUCAUUGGCGAGGAAGUAGAUGAAGAGGGAAAUGUCAGAUACGAAGCGGAGUGGGUUACCUGGUCCAGAAUGGAUGGCACCAAUACAACCUGGGACAACGAUCUUCUGCAACCUCGGCAUCACGAGGAGUGGGACAGGAUACAAGCUCAGCGGCGGUUGGACCUUGCCAAGGAGUCUCACGACAUUGAAAUAUGGGCUACGUUGGACAUCUACAACACCAACACACGAUUGCGGGCUCAGGCUUACGAUGAGAAAUUGAAGGCCACAAAGCGUUCUCAGCAGGACGACCUCCCGCCACGCAUGGCAGAGCUCAUGGCGUCGCAGGCACAUCUUUUCGAUGAACCCGCAUCUGAACCACCCAUGAAGAAAUUAAAGACUUCAACCCCUCGAACCCAAAAUGUGAAAAUCAGAUCAUCUAGCUCUGUCGGCAAAUGGUCACCAUCCAUAACAAGCAGCAAACAUUCUAAUGGGGAGACUUCGACCACUUUGUCGGUCGGCACUUCCAGUUCAAGUCGGCAAACAACCUCAACUCUUCUGACCCCUUUCUCCGUCUCUCCUCCUCCCAAGUACACUGGUGCAUCCAGUUCAAACAAAGGAAAGGGCAAGAGAGUGGCGGCAUCACCUGGGCUGUCUUUGCCCCCACCAUCCCCUAUUUCUAUGCCCAUGCCUUCAAACCCUCGUACCACCAAGCCAUUGCCCUCUAGGUCAGGCCAAAAAGUGGGUAGAACAAAAUCAAUUCGCGAACGCCUCGAGGAACGCUGGAAUAAAGCAUCAAACUCCACUGCGCCCAUAACAUUCGCCAACGAUAUCGACGACGAACAAGUUCCCGCUUUUUGCGAAAAUUUUGAAUAUCUUGAAUCUGUAUAUAAUGACCCUAAUGGCUUUCAAGUUGUGGACCCUGAAUUUUUAGUCCGUUGUGACUGCGACGUAUGCAUAGAAGCAAUGUAUUGUGACUGCCAGUCAAAUACAGGAUUAGUUGACGAGAGAGGUCACCGUGCAUUCGCGUACACUGUCGAUGGUCUAUUUGCCUUCAAUGUGCCUCCCGGAGAUGAAGUUAUCGAGUGCAACAAGUGUUGCAGCUGUGAUAUGGGGUGUCAAAACCGUGUCACGCAACAACCUAGAAAUUUCUCGAUACAGAUAUUCAAAACUCCCGAUCGGGGUUGGGGUGUGCGGUCGAUGGAAGACAUACCACGAGGUAAAGUCCUAGGUCUCUACACUGGACUUCUCAUGACACGGAAAGCAGCGGAUGAUCUGGGACGCGACCGAAGAUCGUACUGUUUCGACUUGGAUGGACAAGAAAUCCAGGAUGACAGUGAAAAUGACUCGAUGUCGGGCAGGGAUGAGGGAUACACCGUCGACUCGCAAAGAUGUGUACGGAAUAGCACGCGACCUCCACAGAGUAUAGCUGAUGCCUCCUCCAGCCAUUCAUGCGGUCCUAACCUCGAGAUAUACCUGGUGUUGCAUGACGCCGUUCCUGACAUGGGCUUACACUACAUCGCUUUCGUCGCCACUGAGCCGAUCAUGGCCAUGACAGAGUUCACCUUCGACUACGAUCCGAAAGCUGCGGUUUCACCCAUCGAACGCAAGGGCAAGGGCAAGGGCAAGGUGGUGAUCCCUCCUGGGUGUCGUCAGUGUUUUUGUGGUUCCAGUCAAUGUAGACAAUAUCUGAAGGUGUGA